AUGAUUCAAGGAAUCGCCCACGUCAACCUCACGGUACACCCCGGCACGCUAGAUGAUGCACUGGAGUUCUAUAGCAAGACUCUCGGACUAACUCCGGCGCCAGUCCCGGAGCUUCAAACGGGGACUAUUUUAUGGUUCAAUAUCGGAUCGAGCGGACAGCAGAUCCAUGUUACUAUGGGCCCGACGGAUCCUGAGCACACGCGACACCCGUGUUUUAAGCUUGGUAGCCGUGAUGAGCUUGAGGAUUUGAAGAAGAAUAUUCAUGAUCACUUUGUCCGGGGUGGUCCGGCGGCGCCGAUGGCGGCUGAUAAGCCUGGGACUAUGGACUCGGGUACUCAAGGGAAGGAAUAUCCUAAGCGGUUUUUUGCCCGUGAUUAUGCUGGUAAUUUGCUUGAGUUCACGCUAUAG